AGACAAAUCUAAACAAGCGAAAUCUCCAAGAGCGGCACCAAAAGAGAGACCUUACUCUGAAGUGGUCAAGCAACAAAGACAGAAACGCAAGCGGAAACAUGUAGCUCCCCACACCGACUCGAUGCCAGACAUCGAAGUAACGGAUCCUGUAGAUGAUACAGUUUCUCAAGUUGAGAGUGAAGACCAUUUAGGUAUUCCAGAAGCAGUACCAUAUUUGAAACCACUCAUGCAAGAUCAUGACUAUAUCAAUACUACAUGGGAUAGCACUCCUCCUGCAAAGAGACCGAGACCAGAAUCUACAUGUACAUCAAGAAAUGACAUUGCUCUUCAUGACCAUGACUAUGCUGAACCGUCAACAUCAUCAUCUGAGAACUGUAGUGAGUGCAGCAAAAAAGAAGACCAGCUAAUGGAAAUGAAUGGGAAGUUAAAGAAACUUGAGCAAAAAAUAAAGAACCUGAAAAGGUUGCCAAAGCGUAGUGUAUCGUAUGAUAUAACUAAUGUAGUUCUCAAGUCUGAUAAAACAGUGAAGGACUAUACUGGAAUAGAGAGUAGAGAUAAAUGUGUAGCACUUCAUGCAUAUGUAGAACCAAGAGUGAAAAAGCUACGUUACUGGACAGGAACAAAGAAGGAAAGUUCACCCAGGUCAUCACCGAGAGCAAAACGAAUUGGAACACCUCAGAAGCCAGGUCCCGCAAGGUCACUUAACAAUAGACAAGAGUUUAUCUUGGUGUUAAUGAAACUAAGGCUAGCACUAACUGUCUCUUUCUUGGCAGGCUUAUUUCACAUCACAAGCAGUACAGUAUCUCAGAUCUUUAAUACAUGGAUAAAGUUCUUAGCAGCUGAUCUAAAGCCAUUAAUUCAUUGGCCUGACAAGCUAUCAAUCCAAAUGACAAUGCCUAAGUCCCUGCCAAAAAAAUACCAGCAUUUAAGAUGUACCUUAGAUUGCACUGAAGUCUUUAUUGGUCGGCCAAGGAAUUUAACUAACCAAGCUCGUACUUGGUCUGACUAUAAGAAACAUAAUACUGUUAAAUUUCUCGUAGCAAUUGCUCCCAAUGGUAUGAUAUAA